AUGUCUCGUACACGCUUCCCUCCUACCCCAGCCAUGUCCGGCGAAUUCAUCAUUAAGGAUCAGCCGGCUGAUGCCACCGACGCUUUUGCCCUUCCUCCAGCGGCUCUCGGUCCCUCCAAAAUUGAUGAUCCGUACAGUCGACGAUCGUCUCAAUCAGAUCCAUCAUACGUCCCUGCCUCGCCUACAUCGCCAGAUCUCAUGGCCCGCAACAGAUCGACACAGCAGUCCCGCUCAGGCAACGCUACUAAGCGUUCGCUAGAGGACUUCGAUCUCCCACCACCUCCUACUCGCACACGCAAGAUCAUUCAGAUGAAGCCUAAACCACAGUCUACCACUAAGUCUCCGUCGAAGCCCAAGGAGAGCGGGAAGGCACAGGCAUCACCUGAAUCAAACUCCAAAGAUACUGCUCCGAAAAAGAAGCAACCCAGUGCUACAAGUGCUGCAGGACGCAAAAUUGCCCGCAAGACAGCGCACAGUUUGAUUGAACGGCGCCGACGAUCCAAAAUGAACGAGGAGUUUGGUACAUUGAAGGAUAUGAUCCCCGCCUGCACAGGGCAGGAGAUGCACAAACUGGCAAUUCUUCAGGCAAGCAUCGACUAUGUGAACUACUUGGAACGAUGCAUUCGAGACCUUAAGACAGCUGGUGCCACGCACACAAACGCGCCACCCUCCCCUACAUCACCGGAGUUCAUCGCCGAAGGAGCCUCUGAAUCACCGGAGAUCAUGCCGGGCAGCGGGAUGAUUUCCGAUACAUCUCCCUCCUUCUCACCCCGCACCCGCAUGCCUUCCGUUCACACACUACCAGAUAUCUCAUCUGUUCUCCCCAGUCCGGCACUGGGCCCUAUCAAUCCGGCCAUGGACAAGAUCCAUGAGCUUCAGGGUAUCGACCAUGAGGCAUCUGCUGCCUUGCUCAUGCUCACCCAGGACCGGAGGGGCACUGCGGACUCGAUCAGUGAGCACUUUGCUGGUAGCACAACUCUUUCUGCGCCAUCCGACCAGAACAGGGGUGUUGAUGUUCAACGGAGAAAGGGUAUGAGUGUGCGCGAUCUCCUUAUUUCAUGA